CCUGAACGACCAAUAACGCUCCAACUUAUGAUGUCAUCGGAGGAGGAGACUGAGUUCGGUUUGUACACAGAUAAGCUCCUGAAGAAAACUAAAAGAACUAGACAGCGCGUUGACGCCGGCGAGCCGCGUAACUCGUACUCCUCGAUCCCGAACUUCAGUUCGCGACCGGCUUUUCUCGGCAGCGGUAAUAACCUCUACGGCGCCAUUUUCACCCAACAGCAACAGUUCGGUCUCUUCGGACCGGGCUUCCCACCCGCCAAGAUGCUCAACGAGCUGCUCGGCCGCCAGAAGGCGGACGGCGGCGCCGAUAGCGAGGACGGCAAGUACGACUCAUCGGGGAUCCGGUGCGACGGCGGCAGCCCGCCCUCCGGGGAGCAGCUGGCCCACCACAUGCUGCGGGACAUCCUGCAGGGCAGGAAGCACGAGCUGCUCGCGCUGGAGCACGACAUGCGCAACGGACAGGACCACAUCAUUAACAACAACAACAACGAACCCAAGGCGAGCCCCGAACGGAACGACGUGGACGCCGCGGCGGCCAUGAAAGAGUGCCUCGCCGAGGCCGGCGUCGUGGGCGACCGCCAGCAAGCUGAGCUCAUGGAGGAGGCGCUCAACGGCAUGGAGACCGAAUCGCUGCCUUCGCCCAAGGUAGAGCCUUCCAGUCCGGCCAAGCCGGAGGACGCCAAGAAGGCUCGAGUGGAAAACAUCGUCUCAGGUAUGCGAUCCAGCCCGGCGCCGCCCCAAGUGAACGGCUGCAAGAAACGAAAACUCUACCAGCCCCAACAACACGACAGCAAUGCGGAAAGGUACGUCGACGAGGAAGAGGAGGAAAUCGAACCCAUCCGGCAGAAGCGAGUGGAGAAGAGCAUGCUGAAGUCCCAGUUGAGAUCGAUGCAAGAACAAUUAGCCGAGAUGCAGCAGAAAUACAUGCAGUUGUGUACGCGAGUGGAACAAGGCUCCGAAGAAAGCCAAGAAGUGGAAGAGAUACCUAGUGAUAGUGAACAGAGCAAGAGAUCGGCCGCCCCGUCUCCAGUGACCACCAGCACGCCCACCCCAGUCCCACAGCCGCCGCCCACACUGGCGCAAGAGGUGAGCAAAUUAAAGAUAAGUCCACCCGGCCCCCCGUUCCACAACGGCUUCCUCCACAACCCUCACCAACACAUGAGCAGCGCCGCCGCCAUGUACCUGGGCGUGAGCCACAAGCUCCUGAUGGAGCAAGAGGCGCGCCUGGCCAAGGAGGCCGCCGCCGUCAACGCCAUGAGCAAUGAGCCGCCGCAGCAGCAGCCCCAGCAGCCGCCCCCGCAGCCUCCACCACCCAAGCCCGACCAAAUAGCGGAGCGGCUGAGCAUGAUGCGCAGCAUGAACCCCAGCGGCACGGACCUGGAGGGCCUCGCCGACGCCCUCAAGAGCGAGAUCACCGCCUCCCUGUCGAACCUCAUCGACUCCAUCCUGCACCGGUUCGUGCACCAGAAACGUUGCAAGCAGCAAGACGCCGCCACAGCGGCCGAACAACUCAACAAAGACCUGUUGAUGGCCUCGCAGCUUUUGGACAGGAAGUCGCCCAGGACCAAGGUGGUGGAGCGGCCGCAGGCGCCGCCGCCGCAGCCCACCCACCAUCAGAAUCAAAUGGUAAAUGGGAACUCGGGCUGUCCGCCCAUGAUGCCCGUUCACAAUAUGGGCAGCAUGCAAAAACCGUCAGAUCUUCACAUUCGGCCUCCGAUGUUUCAGCCCCCCAAGCCGCCCGGCAUUAGCGCGCCCCUCUACGGCAUGAGCAGCCCCUUCUGCGUGUCCAAGCAGGAGACGCCCGAACAGAACGAGGCGCUGAGCCUGGUGGUGGCGCCCAAGAAGAAGCGGCACAAAGUGACGGACACCAGGAUAACGCCUCGCACCGUCAGCAGGAUCCUGGGCCAGGAUGGCAUGGGAAUGUCGCCCAUGGAGUCCAACUCGAACUCGUGUACUUCCCCGAGGCCGCCCCCAUAUCACCAGCCGCCGCCGAUGUUGCCCGUCUCCCUUCCGACGUCGGUGGCGAUCCCCAACCCCGGCCUCCACGAAUCUCAGGUCUUCUCGCCCUACAGCCCCUUCUUUCAUGGACCAAGCCACGGCCAUCACAUGGCAAUGCAGGCAUCCUCUUCCCCGCCCCGAAUGCACAAGAUCGAGCGCGAGUCGCCCCCGAUACAUCACCCGCCCACCCUGCUGCACCCUGCGCUUCUGGCCGCCGCCCAGCACGGCGGUUCCCCCGACUACGGUCACAUGCGUGCCCCCUCGGGGGGCAUGAACAUGGACAACGGCGACAGGAACUCGGACUGCAACUCCGGAGACAUCUCCUACGACGGCAUGCAGCCUACAAUAUCCUUUUUAUGCAAAGAUUUUAGCAAAAAUCUUAGCGCUCACCAUCCGAAUGUUUCCUUAACUCCUGAGCACUCGUCAACAUUAACUCCGAUGCACCUCAGGAAAGCGAAGCUGAUGUUCUUCUGGGUACGGUAUCCAAGCUCAGCAGUCCUCAAAAUGUACUUCCCAGACAUCAAGUUCAACAAAAACAACACUGCCCAGCUGGUGAAAUGGUUUUCCAACUUCAGGGAGUUCUACUAUAUCCAAAUGGAAAAAUACGCUAGACAAGCAGUAUCCGAAGGCGUGAAAAAUGCAGAGGACCUCCAUGUUGGAGGAGAUUCCGAACUGUAUCGAGUGCUCAACCUGCACUACAAUAGAAACAAUCACAUCGAGGUUCCUUCGAACUUCCGAUUCGUGGUAGAGCAGACCCUCAGGGAGUUCUUCAAGGCCAUCCAGGAAGGCAGGGAUGCCGAACAGUCCUGGAAGAAGUCCAUCUACAAGAUCAUCUCCAGGCUGGACGAUCCCGUCCCGGAGUACUUCAAAUCCCCCAACUUCCUAGAACAGCUAGAGUGACCUGCCUGUCAGGCCAGGUCAAAGUCGGCUGCGGAAGGCAGCCAGUGGUUGCCCACAGGCAGCGCCUGUUAGUACCAUCGGUACUAGCGGUCCGUAACACCAGAGAGAAUCGGUGACGUAUGUUAUCUUACAGACUGUCAACAGUUUUCGUUGUUUUUAAAUGGUUUUGAAGACGUCGAUGUUCAGAAGAACCUUGCCAUCUUUGAUCGCAUUCGGACACUUGUUAAAUAGUCGUGUUAAGUUGGCAGGAAGACUAUAAAAAUGCCUCAGGCUUAAGUUCGUUUGUGCGAACAGUGAAUACAAUUCAAUCAAUUUGCCAGUGAUUACCUGAAUCUUUACCGGAUAGAAUUAUUGACGUCAAGUCCUCAGUUUCUUAAACCAGCAGUUAGCAAAGUUCAAAAUCUGCACUCUUUCCGUUUACCUCUGGCAUCUACUUGUUUGCUGCCACUGUAAACUGUGCUGUGCUUGUACCACUUGUAAAUAGAUAGAUCUACUUGUAUAUAGUAUUUAUCACUUAUUUUAACUUAUAUGAUUAUUAUUACAUUCCUAACCAAAGUUAUAUUUUUGCUAGUCUAUUUUUUGCAAAUAAUUAUUUUAUUUUAUUUAUUUCAGCGCCAUAGAUUGAGGACAGUCCAGCAAUUACCUCUUUCUGUGGUACUGACAAAACCCGGUACUUGCAAUCCUUCUUGGUAUUAAAUACUGACGGAUCGCAACUAUCCUCAUAUAUUAAGUAGAUAUGCCUUUAUGAUUAUGAUUUGACCUGUAACAAGUGCUAGAAUCCAUAACAAACAUCUUAUCUCAAAAGAAAUCCAUUCACAUCAACACCUUUCACUCUGCUCGUUGUAGAAAUGAAGAGGAAGACAAUGUUCUUGAUAACCAUCAAACAUGUAUGAUACUAGAUGGUGACUUUCCCAUACAAUUUUUGUUUGUCAUAAAUAAGGGUUUUAGAGGAAAGUUGUCGUGUGGUAUUUUCAAUCCUAGGUUUAACUAGAUGUACAAUUAUAUUUAAACAAAGACAAAAUUAUCUAGAAUGCUGUCUGACUAUCUUCAAAGAUUGUACGUAUUAAAUUAAAUUUUUGCAGAAAUCAAUAACAAUAUCAUCUUUGACUUUCGUAAACAUGACUAUUAUGUAUUCUAGCAUUUCCCUUUUUUGUUUUGUACCUCGAUAUUUUUACUUUUAAUUUUGAUUGCAUUCUUUGUGUUCCGACUAGUUGCUAUUUGUUUAUUUUUGUAGCAUAUCUGCUUGAUAUAUUGCAUUAUUAUUACCAUUAUUAUUUUUAAGUUUUCACUUGCACAAUAAUAGUGUAGUAAUACACGAUCUCCCUAUCACAGUGUGAGGCAACUAGUCAAAAAUAAUAAAUAUAUAUAGUUUUAAUUUUUUCGUUUUGCUUUUCGUUUUCGUUUUCUUCUUCUUCUUCUUCUUCUUCAGAGAUCCAGUGGCAGUUUACAGUGGGGUGGGAACAAUUUAGGUCCAGACAGAGCAAAUUGUACAUAAAAUUUCUGAACCAGUAUUCCUUCUGAUCCCUUAAGAAUAGAUAAGUCACAACCAA